AACAAAAAAAAUUCGGUCACGUGGCCCCGAGAUCGCCCUCGAUUUUUUUGGCCGGUGCAUUUUUUGAUUCGGAGCAUGUGAGCGCGUGCUUUUUGUCCUGUGGCAAGUCAAACCCCCUUGAUCAAACAUGCCUUCGCGUCAAAAUUCAGUCGAUACAACACCACCCAGUGACCCCUCGGCGAUUCGUGAAAGCAAACGGCGUCGCGUUGACACUGAUGUGGACGAUUCAGGAAGUCUCUCCGUGGAAGAUAGCGAGACAGAAAGUGUCAACGAGCACAUGCCAGUAGCGCCCAUGACAGUGGGCGAAGACGGUUUCGUGGAAGGAUCGAUCGUGAAGAUCAUAUUGCGUAAUUUUGUCACUUAUGAUUACUGCGAAUUCCAUCCAGGGCCACAACUCAAUAUGAUCAUUGGUCCCAAUGGUACCGGUAAAUCCACCAUUGUAUGUGCCAUUGCGCUUGGACUUGGAGGAUCCACGUCUUUGCUGGGUCGUGCCAAGAAUAUUGCCGAAUUCGUUAAAACAGGAGAAAACGAAGCCAUGAUCCGCAUCGAACUGAAAAAGACAACUGGACCGAAUCUAGUUAUUCAACGCAAUAUACAAAAAGCAAAUAAUGCCACCUCUUGGCGCAUGAACAACAGACAAACCAGUCUAAAAGAAGUGCUUUCAGCUAUUGCACGGUUGCACAUUCAGGUGGAUAAUCUUUGUCAAUUUCUGCCACAAGACAAAGUCGCAGAAUUCGCUCAGCUGUCUCCUUCUCAACUGUUGGAGCGAACACAAACAGCCGCAGGCGAACAUAAUCUGACAGAUUGGCAUCAACAGCUGAUCGUUCAUCGGCAGAAACAAAAGGAACUGGUCAAGACCCAUGAAUCCGACGAGAAUCAUUUAAAGACGCUCGAGGGUCGAAAUGCAGAUCUGGAAAGGGAUAUCCUGAGAAUGCGUCAGCGAGAGGCCAUCAUGAAAACCAUUGCUUUACUCAAGGCGAAGUUGCCUUUGGCCAAAUAUUCCGAUGCAAAAAAGAACUAUGAAGAUAUGCGCGAGCAGUUGGAUGCCAAGCAAACGGAAUUGCGUCGUCUGGAAGCCGAGCUGGCCCCCGUUCAAGAAGCUGUCACUGCCUGUGAUCGCGAUGCCAAGCAAGCUUCAAAUGAAAUGAACUCCCUAAAAGCAUCCGUCAAUGAGCACGAACGUAAACUUAAGAAAGUGUAUGACACUUUUGAAAAAUCAAAAACCGAUACCCGAUCCAUCAAAUCCCAAAUCAACAAUGUGAAACGACGUGAACAACAACGUCAAGAGGAAAUGGCUAGUCUGGAAGAAAAGAUUGCUCGGUUACAAAGCAAACUCGGUCGUGAACCUCCUACAGAAGACACUUCCGCUCUCGACGACGAAAUUACCGCUCUCAAUCAGCAAUUAAGCAAUUUGCAGGGUCAGUUUCAAGAUUUACAGGAAGAGUACAACACUCUUACUCGGCAAAAGAACGCCAAGCAAAAAGAGGUGGACGAGAAAUUGAGGGAGCAAAAAAACCUUAUGGAUGUUAUGCAAAUGCGGGCAAGAAAAUUAGCCCGGAACAACGCUGAUACAUAUGAAGCUUGGAAGUGGCUGAGAGAAAACAGAAACAUGUUCAGGGGACGAAUUCACGGGCCCUUGUUGAUGCAACUCAACUUGAAGGAUCGCCGUUAUGCCGACGCUGUGGAAUCUGCUCUCGGUGGAGAAAAAGGGUCUCAUCUCAGAACUUUUGUGUGCGAGUAUAAGGAAGAUUAUGAAUUGUUUACACGAGAAGCCGUCGAUAAAAAGGGGUGGCGACUCACUGUUUCAUGGCCUGAUCAGUUGGACCCCAAUGGUGUCAAACCGCCCAUCUCCGAUGAAGAGCUUAAGCAACGCUUCGGACUCGAUCAUUUCAUUGUGAAUCUGGUGGAUGCGCCCCCCAUUGUUAUUUCGUAUCUCUGUCUACAAGCAAAGAUCCAUUUGAUUCCUGUAUCACUACAAACAGUGGAUGAAGCACGCAUGUCCAAUUGUGGUCUGUUCCAACGCUACAUUAUGGGAGACAACACCUAUAUUGUAAAGAGAUACUCCUAUGGAUCCGGCGGAAAUCAGACGACUGUACGCAAGAUUGAACGAGCCACCGUGCUCAAUGAUUCAUUGGAUAACGAUGCACGCCAGCGCAUUCAAAACGAACUACAAGCCUGCAGAGCAGAGAUAAGCAGCAUGGACAGCGGGUUCCAGGAACUCCUCUCCAAGAAAGAACGUUUAACGUCCAGAGAACAUGAAUUGAGACGAGUAAAGGAGGAGAAACGUGAAGAAAAGAAAGAAAAACAAAAAGUCAGAUUGAAUUGGAACCGUGCAAAGAUGCAAUUAGAAUCCUAUCAAGAAGAUCGUGAAGCAAGAUUACGCAAGCCCCAGGAUGAUCGUGAACAGAUCGAGGAGCUGGAACAACAGAUUCUUGAUCAAGCAAAGCAGCGAGCCAACUUGACUGCAAAAUACAAGGAAUUGUUGGCGGAUUAUGUGUCACUUGUGUUGAAACGCAAUGUUACAUCGAUCAAGGCGCUUCAAUCCCACUUAAAACUCGGCCACUUGAAGUCCUUCUCUCGUACGCAACUUACUACUUUGGAAAGUGCACGAUUGGCCUAUUCUCAAGCUCAAAGGGAAUGUCAAGCACUAAAGGAUAAAGCGCUUCGCUUCUAUGAAGAGGCGCAGCAAGCGGGUAACGAGCUCAUAGACGAAUUUGCUGAAGAGUUCAACGAGGUGUUCGAGGCGUGGAAGCGGGAAGGAUUGUCACAGACCCAGGUGGAGAUUGAGGAUGCGAUUAAUGCCGAGCAAGCCAAGGUGGACGCGCUCAAAUUGGCUAAUCCUCGUGCUAUGGAACAAUAUGAAACAAGAAUGGCAGAGAUCCGAAGACUUAAGAAAAAAGCCGAGGCUGAUAAGAGACAGCUUGAGACACUGGAAAAAGAAAUCACAGAUGUUAAGUCGCAAUGGGAGCCGCGUUUGGUGACGUUAGUAGCGCGAAUAAGCGAAAAGUUCUCGCAAGCUCUGCAACGUAUCGGAUGUGCAGGUGAAGUUUGCGUUAGUCGGGAUGAUGACUUUGAUAAAUGGGGUAUUGAGAUCCGUGUUAAAUUCCGUGAUCAUGAAAAGCUUCAGCUUUUAACCGGCCAACGUCAAUCGGGUGGAGAGCGAGCUGUAUCGACUAUUUUGUACUUGAUGUCCCUGCAAGAAUUGGCGAGAGCGCCAUUCCGUGUGGUCGAUGAGAUCAAUCAGGGCAUGGAUCCUCGCAACGAACGAAUGAUUCAUAAACAAAUCGUGGAAGACGCGAGCAAGGCCGGCACAGCACAGUACUUCUUGAUUACACCGAAACUGCUGCCGGAUUUGUAUUAUAAUGAACGUAUGCGUGUCCUCUGCAUCUACAACGGUGAAUGGCAACCCAAGAACCUAAAGCCAGCUUCCGAAUAUUUACGGCGAGCACGAACAGCAGCUGCAGUGUAACCCCAGUCUUAAAACUUGCCUGAAAUGUGUAAAUAGAUUCCAUCAUGUAACAAAAUAACCAUACGCUAGUCAUGCACUCAUGACGAUAUGUAUUUUAUGACUUAUCCACCCAAAAAAAAAUCAAAAAAAAAAUCAAAAGAAACCAU